UCAUAGGAAACUUCACUUACUCUGAAUAUUGAUAUUAUUUUUAAAAAGAAUCCCACUACUAUAAAUACAGAUGUCCUAAACCAUAACAUAGUACUCAAAUUAACAUCUUUCAUUACAAUUCAAUAGCAACUACUUACACAUAGUUUCAUAACUAAUUUCUUUUGUUCUUUCAUUCUUUUAUUCAUUAUUAUUUAAUUCAUUUAUAUAGUUCUUUUUCGAUUUAGUGGUAUUCGAAUUCUCUUUUUUUUCCGGAACAAGAAAAUGGAAUAUACUUUGUCGAAAAUUGCGACGAACGACGGACAUGGCGAAAACUCUGCUUUCUUCGACGGGUGGAAAGCGUACGACAGUGAUCCUUAUCACCCCACCAAGAAUCCCAAUGGUGUUAUUCAGAUGGGAUUAGCAGAAAACCAGCUUUCAUUCGAUUUAGUGCAAGAAUGGGUGAAGAAAAACCCGAAGGCCUCAAUUUGCACGAAUGAAGGAGUGGACGAUUUCAAGGAAAUCGCGAUUUUUCAAGAUUAUCAUGGCUUGCCGGAAUUCAGAAAUGCAGUUGCAAGAUUCAUGGAGAGAGUGAGGGGAAACAGAGUCCGGUUCGACCCGAACCGGAUUGUGAUGAGUGGCGGUGCAACCGGAGCUCAAGAAACAUUGGCCUUCUGCUUGGCUGAUUCCGGUGAUGCACUUUUGGUGCCAACUCCAUAUUAUCCAGGGAACGACCGAGAUCUGACGUGGCGAACCGGAAUACAACUUCUCCCGGUCGUAUGUGAGAGCUCCACCGGUUUCAAGAUCACCCGCGAAGCCCUAGAGACCGCGUACAAAAAAGCUCAAGACUCGAACAUCAAAGUGAAGGGCCUACUCCUCAACAAUCCAUCGAAUCCACUAGGCACAACGAUCGACAAACAAACCCUAACCGAAUCACUAACCUUCACCAACGAGAAACAAAUCCACUUGAUAUGCGACGAAAUCUACUCCGCCACAGUCUUCGACCAACCAGGUUUCACCAGCAUUGCCGAAAUAUUCGAGGAAAACCCUAAAAGUUACAACCCUAACCUAAUCCACAUAGUCUACAGUCUCUCCAAGGACCUAGGGUUUCCCGGUUUCCGUGUCGGCAUCAUAUACUCGUACAACGACACCGUCACUAAUUGCGCGCGUAAAAUGUCGAGCUUCGGACUAGUCUCCACCCAGACACAACACCUAAUAGCCUCCAUGCUCUCGGACGACGAUUUCGUGGACCGCUUCAUCAUAGUCAAUUAAUAAACCUCGUCUUACUCAUCUUUUUGGACGACGAUUUUGUAUU